CUUUCAGGUCCGUAAACCUGGGAAAAACCUGGGAUUUCUUACAAGAAACUCUUCCGAUAUUUACAUUACCGGAUGAGAGUUUGCUGGGGACGAAGCCUCAGACUGCAGAAUCAGCUGCAGGGAAAGAUUCCAGCUUUAAUGACUGCAAGAAUGAUCCCACAGAGCAGGAGAAAAGUACCCCUGAGGUAGUGGUGUGUGCCAGCUACUACCCUUUACAGCCACAUCAUAAUUCCUUUGGGUUUGGACAAAUGGCUAAUUCCUCAGAGUGCCUUCGUCAGUAUGGUCUCUCCUUGCUGUGCAGCCACAUCGUCUUGUUGACCAGAACCCGGGCUUGCCAGCUUGAGGCACCACCCAAACCUCCACCUGUACCACAAUGGAAACUCAUCCGCCCGCCGAAGGAGAUCAAUGUCACGGAUGAACCACGGAAGCUUUCUUUGUCCAAACCAGAGCAGUUCAUUGAGGUGGCCAGCCCUUUUCUCUCCUACAGUGUCAAGAGCAGCGCUGGCCCGAUCCUGGAGCUAGAGGCCAGGAAGAGCGCUCAGGGGAAACAAUCCCAUGGAUCCCCUCUGGUCUCCAUCGCUGAGAGAGAGGAGACUGAUUGCAGUGGAGGCCUUGAGCCUGACGCCGCUGAACGCACCACAAACAAACCAAACGGCACAACAGGCAAAAUAGAGGUUACUGCAGAGGACAGGCAGAAGGACAACAAUGACAUAUCCAAUGAUCGACCCAAAACUGCAUUGGGGGAUCGUUUAACUGCGGACCCCACGACUCCCGUCAAUCCCAUCCUGCAGGAGACCUGGGUGGACCUGGAUGACUUUGCCAAAUGCUUUCAGACCCUCUUGGUUUUCCAUACACCACAAUGCUUCCCACAUCAGAUCCACAUAUCUAAUUUUAAGAGCACCGUCCUGCCCAAAACUGCAACAGGCACCAACUCUACUGGGUCAGCUACUAACAUCACUGGAUCCAUUCCUUUGAUAUCUACUGUGGCAAGCCCUGAAAGUCCAGAGGUAAAAGGCACACACUACCUGUGUGUGGACAGCGUGCAGCAUCCCCAGAUCCACAUCAGCUUCUCUGCUCUGCUUCUCUGGGCAGAUACAGCUGAGGAGAAAAAGGAAGCAUCAGUAUGUACGUCUGCUGUUCUCACCGCCCAGAACUACUCCUGGAAAAGCCUGCAGUCUGAGCUGCCAAUUCUCACCAUCAAGACCACCACCUCAAAAGCAGCCGUGCUUAACUUACCCCCGGGGCGCCAUGUGUUGUCCUUCCACACAAAGGCAGCGCUGGGUUACCACGUUCACCUGUACAGCAAGACACCUUUCAUCUUUGGGGAUGAAGAAACCAUCAUGUCAAACCUCACCAAGGAAAGUGCUCGUUUCAUAGAGCAGGCCUCCUCCAUCUUUAAGGCCCUCUCCAGAGUGGUGUCUUCCUUUAGCGAUGAGCAGGAUCAGCCAGCAGCCAGAAGAAACCUGGAAGAGACUCACUGUCCGCAGAACAUCAACACCAGCCUGGCGAAAGGGGAACACCAAGAGGUGUUUAACUUUGCAGUGUACAGCAUGCUGUGUGAGGCUCUGGGCAGGAAGCUGACAUCAGAAGAGCGCUUUGCUGUACUAGCUCUCACAGCUGACCCUUCACCUUUGGCAAUGGACCCCAAAGAACACUCUGAUACAAGCAGGAAGGAAAACCUCAGUGCAUCUAAGAUCCUUUCAGACAUCUGGCCGAAGGUAGAAUCAGAUGCAGAAAAGCAUGCUGCCCUCUUGCUACGGUAUAUCAUUGACCGCUCUGAGAGUAAAGCAGAGCUCUACCCCUGUCAGCAGGAUGAAUGGACCAGAGUCUCCUUCGCUGAUUACUCUGUCCCUCUCCAAGACACAGCCAAUUCCUGGGUCUUGGUCUUUAGAGAGGUCUUCCUGGUUUCUAAAAAGAUGCUGCUGGUACCAAAGAUCUACUCCCCAAUCCCCAACUGUCUGCUGCACAUCAUAAAUAAUGACACAGGAGAGGAGCUGGACACGCUCUUCAGCAAUGUAGCAGAACAUGUCUAUCAACCCAACAAGCUUGGUUAUACCUUUGUAGCAGAGGCUGUCACGCCUGAAUGCCCCCCUGUUGGUGCAAAGUGGAGGAUGCGCUUGAUUGGCUCACGGGAACUCCUGCCAAAACUGUCUCGUGAGAAUCCACUCAACACAUUCUCGGUGAAGGAGUUGAGGGAUUAUUACAUUCCCGAUGAGAAGAACCUCAUAUGUCGUUACUUUGUGGAGGUGACAGCAGACGUUGUAGGGACUGUUCAGUUUCAGACUUCCAAGCCAGAUGUAUUGAUCCGACUGUCCAUCCUGGACCAGGAGAAUGAGAUGGCUAGCAACACUGGGAAGGGUCAUGUGGUAAUCCCUGUGUUCUGCUUCCUGGCUAACAAAGCUACAGACACCCUCCAGCAGAGAGAUGAGGAGGACACAACAGCUGGGAAUUCAGCCUCCUCGUCUGACCAGCCUUCCACAGAGACUAUGAGUCAUAAGUAUGUGGUGCAGGCAGAGGUGCUUCAUAGCUGGGAUUUGGACGAAUCUCAGCUGGCUUUUGUCCAUAAACUCAGAGACUUGGAGAAGAAUGAAAUGACAGAAUACCAGCCUGAGGACCUGAACCAGUCAUCCACCACCACAUCUGAAACACCCAAAGCCCAGCGCAAAGGAAAAGGUGACAAGGAGAAGGAGAAGGAGAAAGAGAAGGAGAAGGAGAAGGAGAAGGGGAAGGAGAAGGAGAAGGGCAAGGAGAAGGAGAAGGAGAAGGAGAAGGAGAAGGGGAAGGAGAAGCCAGUGACCAGCCCUAAAUCUGUCUCCAGACAAGAAACGAGCCUUGAUCUGACUAAGGCCAACUGGACUUUGCGUGUGGUCAGUGAUACAGGCCAAUCGGAGAGCAUCAAGGUGACCAAGGACACAGAGAGGAGGGACUGGAUCAAAGCCACUAAAAAAGCCUGGGAGAUGGCUGAGGCAGGCCGCUGUGCCAGGGCAUUACAGUCUCGUCUCAAGUUUUGUAACCAACUCCAACACCAAGCAGGUGAUGAAACUUCUACAGAUGACACAGAAAACGGAGAGCCAGAAUUUGGUCCUGACAUCUCUCUGAAUCCAUCUAAUAAAAAGCUGACCAACGCCUCAUGCUUCUGUCCGUCCAUGGACUACACUCCUUUCAUCAGACGCCAAACGGAUUUUCCUGCUCUGAUGGACUCCCAAAUGGAGGAGAUCCAGCAGAGGGAGCGCUUAGAAAAGAUCCAGACUUACCGGUUGAUCCGAGACAAUGUGCUGGAGCACCAGAAACAGCAACAGCUCAACCGGAAGCAGCUGAGGACACACCACCCUGAGAUAUAUGAGAACAUGCAGCACUGUAAGAUAUUCCUCGAUGCUUGCGAGGCAUUAAGUAACCGUCAGAAGGCAAACAUUAAAAUGGAACAAGAAGCGAAACAAGCUCUGGAGGAGGCCCAGCCGGCAGCUUUAGAAAAAACAUCCCCCGACUCUGCUGCCGCCCAGCAGCCCAACAAACGUGCCAAGAGUGCUGGCAAAAAGAAAUGAUGGUCAUUGGCAUCACUCUCAGCUCUCCUCAACAGACACUUCUCAACAAUACUGAAGAAUCCAAUCACAACAUCGUAUCCUGCACCUGAUGAUAUAAUACCUCACUCAAAGAUUGUUCCAGCACCUGAUUCAGAAUUAACUCAUGCUUAUGACUUUAGACUCUUUUGAAAUUUGAAACUAAGAACUUUGAGAACAUUUAUUCUGUAUGACAGCUUAACAUAUUCUCAUAGCACAUAUUGAUACCUGUUAUCUUUCAUUUAGGACUUGUAUUAACACUGUUCACCUACAAAAGUGUUUGUUGUAGUUUUCGUCCAUUUUUUAUCAUAAUAUGAGCGAUGCUUUACAUUCUAAAUAAAGACAAAAAAUGCA